GUUGACGCGCCCCCAUGCGUCCCCGCCUCGCUAUUUUACGCUGCCCGUGAGCGUUGCUGUGUGCGCCUGGCCUGCCCGGUUCCUGCCGGUGUUGUGUGACUGCGUGUGUGGAAGUGGGCUGUUGAGUGAGAGAGGGGGCGAGAGAGAGAGAGAGGGAGAGAGAGAGCCGUGUGCUGUGGCUUCAUCCUCCUUGUCCUAUGCGGAUUUCAUCACUGACUGGACCGCAUCAUCCAGGGUACAAGCCGGGGGAUUUGGGCGCUGACAGACACGUACUAUAAUUUAAGGAUUUCAGGCAGACACAUGACUGUUCAGCUGGAGCGGCAGAUGGAUAAUAGCGGCUGCCCUAUUUAGCAGAUCCCAGCGGAGGAGAUAUUAUCUACGCCGAGGGUUUGGAGAGGAAGAGCAGGGAGCUGGAGGGAGAGAGAUGGUGGGACAGGGGCGUCCUGUAAGUCCUGACAGAGAAGAGGAGUCUUCUUUGCCAUAGCAAAGUCCACGUCCCUCCCGCCACCACCUGUUUACUUAUCACUCUCAAUCUCUCCAUAUCCCCAUCAUCGAUCACCAUGACAACCUCAGCCCUGCGCCGGCAGGUGAAAAAUAUUGUGCACAACUACUCAGAAGCGGAGAUAAAGGUUCGUGAGGCCACCUCGAAUGACCCGUGGGGCCCGUCGUCAUCUCUCAUGUCCGAGAUUGCAGACUUGACUUUCAAUGUGGUGGCGUUUGCUGAGGUCAUGGGCAUGGUUUGGAAACGCCUCAACGACAGCGGCAAGAACUGGAGACACGUUUACAAGGCCCUGACUCUGCUGGAUUACCUGUUGAAGACAGGAUCAGAGAGAGUGGCCCAGCAGUGCCGUGAGAACGCAUUCACUAUUCAGACGCUGCGGGACUUCCAGUACGUGGACCGCGAUGGCAGGGACCAGGGGGCUAACGUGAGGGAAAAAGCGCGCCAGCUUGUAUGUCUCCUGCGAGACGAGGAGCGGCUCCGCCAGGAGAGGAGUCAAGCCCUAAAGACCAAGGAGCGAAUGGCUGGGGGAGGCAGUGGAGGGGGAAGCGGAGGCGUGUACGGAGGCAUACCUCCAUCCUACCACCCAGGCAGGCGAACGAGCCAGCCCAGCAUGGCUGUGCUGUACGGAGAGGAGUUGAGCCGCUCCAGAGGCUCCCCGUCCUCCUUUAACUCCUCGUCAUCAUCUCCUCGCGCCGCCUCAGACCUGGAGCAGGCUCGACCUCAGACCAGCGGCGAGGAGGAGCUGCAGCUCCAGUUGGCCUUAGCAAUGAGCAGGGAGGAGUGUCAGAAGGAACAGCGCUGUCGCCAAGGAGACGAGUCUCUGUUACAGAAGGCCCUGGAUGAGAGCCGGAGAGAGAGCCAGUCAGACACACAGGAGUCAGCCAUGUUGGACCUCGUGGACAUAUUUGGCCCAUCGUCUGAGCCCCCACCUCCUCCCGGUGACCCUUGGAACUCAGCCCAACCCACCUGUGACAUCACCUCUGACCCCUGGGACUCUGUAGCAGUUCACUCCAGCAGUCCUGUAGUUGGUAGCCCGUGGUCUGCUCUUCCUCCCUCUUCCUCUAGUGCAUCCAAUCCCUGGGCCCCAUGUGCCAACUCACACACAGACCCCUGGGAAGGAGCACCAAUCUCCUCCAGUCCUGUAAAUCAUGCAAGCGACACUCCAGCAGAAGAAGGUGUUGAUGGGACCGAUCCAUUUGCACAUGAGGAGGAAAAGCCUAAACAGGAAGUUCAACAAGUGCCCUCUCCCCAACCUGCAAGCCCCACAGACUCUAUUUCUCUUCCUGAUGCAGAUGCAGAGGUGUUUGGAAUGAAACCAGACUCAGAUCCGUUUUCUGGAGCAGAUUCUAAACUGGAUGCGUUUGGGGCUGAUCCUCCUGGGAAACCACAGGUCAAUGGACGGGAGUCUGCCAGCCCAGAGAUGUUUGACCUGUCCCGGCUAGCACCUCCGCUCAGUGCACCACCUACACGGGUGUGUCGGACCCCAGAGACCUUUCUGGGACCUACAGGGGCCUCGCUGGUCAACUUAGACGCUCUGAUAACCUCCAACCCCCCAAGCAAAAUGCACAAUAAUCCCUUCCUCUCAGGUCUGAGUGCUCCGUCUCCUACUAACCCCUUCCUCUGCGACCAGCCUCGCCUUACCCUUAAUCAAAUGCGACCAUCCUCCACCUCCCCACUGCCCCCUCACAUGCUCUCCUACAGCCCGUCCCUGCCUCUGCCUCUUCACCACCAGCCCCCCAUCAUCCCCUCGUCUCUCACACAACCACCUGCAGGACUCCUGGACCUUCCCUCUAACCUCCCCCAACCACUGCUUCCUCUGUCUCCACGGCCGGCAGCGCGCACUCAAUCACAGACACAGACGUACAGCCACAACCCCUUCCUCUGAGACUGGUCCGCAGAGGUCUGCAGAGGGGGACAACCACAUGGACUCAUUUCGGAUCAGUUUGUGCCGACAACAGUGAGACUAGUUUAAAUGAACUCGAUCCCGGUCUGAUGCCAUUAUGCACACGCGAAGCGAUAUAAACUCGGAUUGGAUGUAUCUGUGUCUGCCUGAAGACACGUCAGCUGCUAUAUUACGUAAACUCUUGAAGAAAAGCUUAGACUCGCGCACACACAGUCACACACUCAGGCAUACUUCAGGGUGCACAGACACACACGUUAUGCACAGAUACAAACACAGACUUAACAGGGUGCAUCUCUACAGUCCCUUCAAUGCCUUUUUUUCCCCCGGUUUUAACAGUGACAAUACCACACAUCUUCUCACCACAGACACAAUGUGUUACAAUGUGAAAGGGAAGGAAGCCACACACUGAUUGUCCACCUAGUUUCACCAGGAUCCUCACCGCCGCUGCUUCACCGACAAAAGCAUGAAUGCAUCCCAACUUUUAAGACUCUUAAUUAUUCUAUUCUGCUGAGCGCCUGAGACGAGAUCUUCUAAUAAAUCCUCCUCUUCUGAUGAGUCAAAUAGUAUCUUGAGAUUUGUUUUGGCACAAUUGAAUCACUGGAGAUAACCCUAAAAUGUGUUAUAGGUAUGAUUCAUGAAAACACACAGCACUGUUCAAGAACUAAUUGACUCAGGUAAUCAUUUCUGCAUUGCCUCGUUACCUUGCAAGCUCAUAAGCAUCUGAUCCUAGGUCACUGGUCCUUUUAAGGCCAACGGCUUUAACAGGAUUUGGGUGAAUUUAAACUGGACAAAACCGGCCUAAACGACACCUUAUCAUCUCAAUCUGGACCUUAACUGAUCACUAAUACCCAUGUGCCUGUUUGUAUAGCUGAUCCACAAUGCAUUCCCAGCUGGUUCAUAUAGGCACCAUUGAGGAGGAUCUCAGGGAGACUGCUCUGUCCCUCCCCCAUUAAUCCUAAAUGAAGCGAAAGGCAUUUAUUUCAGAGAUUGACUAUUUUAGAUGUGGAGCAUAGGAAUGAGACAUAAGGAGAACGGAUGGGGGGGGGGGGGUAAAUGAUAUAUGAAGACAAAUACAGAUGAUAAAACAGAUGUGUUGAAGCAUCUCCUCUCUCCUGCUCCUUGUUCACCUUGGUUUUAGGAGCAAGAGAAUCUGUGAAGAGACGAGAUGUUUUGUCAUCUCUGCACUGAACCUGGACUUGAAUGUGAAAUGCCUGUUUAUAUACACACGGGCUCAGUACAUAUGUAUUUAAAAGAAUGAUAUAAAGUAUUAUGAAAUAUACCAAUAAAUGAACUGUGUUUGCAUUCAUAUUUCUAGUGCCCAUGGGAUGUAUGUGUCAUUCUAGUGUUUCUUUGCCCGUAGCUAAUAAUAAUUUCCAUCAUCUUUUUCAUUUUUUAAGUUGGUCAUUUAGUCGUCGGUUAUGCCGAGGUUUCUGUGAACAGUUUGCAUGUUCUCCAAGUGUUUAGCAGCAGCUACUGGGCAUUACUGCACACUGGCAACAAUAACUAAUACAUUGCUUACAUUUACAUUGAAUGCUCUUGCUAAAUAAGUGUCGGGAAAUGGAUGUUUGUAUGUUAGUCCUGUGUGCACUUCAUGUGUUUAACUUCAGUGCCAUAUGCAGAUGUGUUUCUGUCUCAUAGACGGGGAAAUUUGAUUGCACAAACUUUUUUACCAUGUUCAAAUUAUAUCUAGACACAAAACUAUAUUUGUUUGUUUUUAAACUCUUUGUGGAGUCCCAGGAAUAUCUCUCAACAUUGUUACAUGGUAACUGACCAUAACUUGAGGUUUGUGAGAUAUAUUUUUUUUCAUCUCUCACCCUGGCGUCUCAUCUUUCCUCUGUGUGUCCUGAAGGGCAAGCUUGAGACCAAUACCCUCAUCUAAAGGAGAAGCAGUCAACCCAAGGUUAUCAUCAACAAACAGGAUCACAUCCUCUUCACAAAACUCAUUAAUAGAUGAGCAGGGUG